GCUUUACUCACUCAACCCAAUCCCCAAACAAACAUCUUUGAAACCUUCCAAUCUUAAUCAAGCUCUUUCUUUCUCGCUUCUUGCAAUGGCCUCUGAAAUUGUUUUCCUGAAAGAUGAGAAGCUCCGAAUGCUUGCGCAGCUCAUUCGCAACCAUGAAGCUAACAACAUACAGAAUAUUAUAUUCGAGUCCAUAGGCAAGCAAUUUGAAUACCUCAGGAUGUGCAACUCUAAUCAGGAAUCCGUCAAUACCGUCCUAGAUGAGUGCAAUGCAAUGGUGAGUAAGUAUAAGGAUGACGAAAUUCGAGGUCCCAUUUCUGGUCUCAUCCUUGUUUAUAUAGAAAACUGCCUCAACAAUGCACUUCAGCUCAUCAGGAACUACACUCUGCGAAGGACCUACCUUGACAAAUUGAUCGCGCAUGACCUGGAACUUUUCCAAGCACUGGAUGGGUUGGACACUUCAAAUCUCACUGAAGUUGCUGAUUUCACGGAACAAAUUCAGCAAUACGACCAAAAAGUUAUCAGCUACAUGAAGUUGAGUGUCAACACUCAUGCUUCACAAGAAUUCUCAAGAUAUCUCAGGAAUUCCGGCAUCGGCUUCGACAACCUAGUCCGAAGUUACCAGACGAGGCUUGGGUUUACCGGACCGUUUAAGGACUUGAAAGAUGAACAAAAGCUAGAGGUGUAUGAUGCAAUAAUCGAGGCAUCGGGUAGGCUAAGCGUACUGGAUGACAAAGGCUUAAAGGCUCUAUCAUAUGGGAAAGAUACUCGGAGCAUUAAGGAUUAUGGUCAAAAAGGCAUGUUCCUGAUGAAAGUAGGAAUCAUAAUUUGGGACAUAUAUUCAUCGGACCAGCCAAUCCAAACGGCAACACGAGAGGCCAUGGUGCAAGCAGCAAAAAAAGGAGGUGCAACGCUAGGAAAGAUUGUGGGAGCUGCAGCGGCAACCCAAUUAGUAGGCGUUCAAGCAACUACAUUGUUCGUUGCUGCGCUUGGACUUGCUGGAGGAGUUGUGGGAGGUUUUAUUUUUGGAGCUGCUGCUGGCCUUUUGUUUGAUCUGAUUUUCGGCUCCGGAGGGGAAGCCGUCCUUCCUACUGAUGGCUUAAUAUUCUACGUAGCGCCCAUGCCUAAUGGCAAGGAUUUGGCCAAACAAAUUGCCCACAUAUAAUCAUAUGUACUGAACAAAACAACCUAUUACUCCCUUCACCCACCCACACACACAACACACACACCCACCCACCCCAGCCGUUCCCCCCCCCCCCCCCCCCCCAAAAAAAAAAAAUAAAUUUAAUGGGUUCGUAAUAAUAGUCUCACUUAUGAGAAUUGCAUGUACACGUUCAUAAUUAUAUUUACUUUUCUCCUGGUUUGUACUAUCCCGUGUUUGUUGAGUACUUAAUACCCAUUUUAAUUAGUUUUAUUUA